GGUUCUCAGCUGCGAUGCCACACAGAUCGCCAAGAUAGCCUCGACCUCGAAUUCGACCUUGACCUUGACCGUGAUCUUGACCUUGACCUCGACGGGAGACAUGAGGCAUGAGACAUGAGACAUGAGACUACAGCGAGAUGGCGUUUGGAUAUUCUGACCUGCAGCUGUAGUCUUUGUUGACAUCGACGCAUGGCAUGAAUUUCCAUCAUCACGUUACCUCCCUCUCUAGACAACUUCUCACCCAGCACGUGAAUUCUUCCUCGAUUUCUCGAUUGAAUUGCCAUCUACAUUUGCUCAUGGACGCGCACAUGAAUCAUAUCGAUGCAUUCAUGAGGUGUGUACAUGUUACAAUGUUCUCGUCCACCAAAACCAACGCAAACCCAACCCAACCCACAUUUUCCUUUUCCUUUUCCUUCUCCCUUUCCUUUUCCGCCCUCCACAUGCAUCGUCAGCCAAUACCCGCCAAUGUCCGCCCUCCACCUUUGCCGCAUCGCUGGUGUCUUUGACAUAAUGGGUAUUACAUAAGCACUCUCCGCCAAUCACCUCUCCGCUGUUCAUUCCAGGCAACAAUAUUUGGGACGGCGAAGAGCUGUAGGCAUCCGAAUUCAAUCAAAUUCGCUCUCAGUUAUCUACAUGAUUCAUCAACCAGAACCUUGGGUUGGGGAAUUGAUGAAGUUACGGGGUGACCGAAGUACCUUGGUAUCCUUUGCACCUUAUCAUCCAAGCUGCUCCGUUGGUUUUAUCUGCACGCUGGCCUGUUUUCCUUCUUUUUGCUUCAUAUACACACACGAUCACAUCAUCUCAUACAAUAAUACGGUUUGCUUCUAUUGCUGCUUCUCUCAUCGUAUUCCUGUGUUAAUUCACAUCUCAUAAUCGAGGGGUUGCGUGUUGGUACUCCACUUUCCAUCGCUGUUUAUCCAUUACCCGCCGCCGUCUGAUGAUCUGAACAACUCAAAAAACCCACAGUCAACAUCACAUCUACAACCACCACCGCAACCACACCGACAACUCUGAUCAUACCCACGACACCAAGCCAUCCAUUCUAGACACUACAUACCACAACACUCAUUCGAAGCACCACACAAUACCACACCCCUUCCAUCCAUCAUGGAUCAAUACUUUACAAAUCCAAUGCCUCUUCAGAGGAGGCUAACCAAAAUCUAUACCGAUACCAAAAACAUCUAUGAUUUCAUCAAAGAGCCCGUCAGAAAUGUCGAAGAUCACGAACUUCAAUUACUACAUCGAAAAUUACGUAUUCAACAAAGCCGUUUGGUCUCGUGGGGUUUGGAAUGGUCGGAUCCUUCACAGUCACCUGAUAUCGAUGAAUCGGUAUCAAAGGCUGGUUUGUCUGAAAUUGUCGGAAAUGUGAUGUCAACGAUCAAGGAAAUCUUGGCCGAAGCCGAACCAUUAUGGCAAUCUUCCAAAAGGUCAACAGACGAGAGACCAUCGGAAAAAUCGGAAAAGAGUGCUUUGAUUCAAUGGGACAAAACGAGGUUUGAGGAUUUGAUUCGAGAUUUAACCAUGUCCAUUGAUACUUUAUAUGAUUUAUCAAAAACACGUCAGACAGCAAGGACGGGUCUGCAAACCUCGGAAGCUUCAAGCUCCAAAGACAAAUCUUCAGGAUUCGAAGAACGACAAUUUGAAUCAACGAGAAUGUCAGCACCACAACAAAUAGACCCAGCAACAUUGAUCUGGACGGGGAAUCAAAUCAUUGCGACGCGUGGUACGUCACGAUCAAUAUCAAAUAACACUUUGAGGCAGAUAGUUUUGAUGAGAAGGUCGGUCAAUUCUUCGGAUUUGAGGCAAGCCAUUGAUCAACCUCCCGAUCCAAUUCCGGUCUUGGUCGAAUAUGCCCCUUAUGAUCCUAUUUAUUCGGUUACUGGAAUCACUCCAUCGAUGACUCGAUUCGAAAAACUCUUUGCGGGGAUUUCACAGUCUUAUUAUUCAUCGGAUCGAUUGCCAGUUGGAUUACUGCGUCUCAUUGGAUAUUAUGAAGAUGCAGAGCAUUCGAGAUUUUGUUUAUUAUUCUCUUUACCCACAAAUUUUGGGCCGAUGGACAUUCAAAGCCCAACUUUACAGAUGCCUAUAAUAAGUUCCUUGUCUGAGCUUUUGAUAAGUCCUGCAUUCGAACCCAACCUAGAGGUCAAGUACAGAUUGGCCUACAACAUAGCCAAUGCUGUGUUUGAUCUACACUCGAAAGGCAUUGUUCAUGGCAACCUACUUCCUUCCAAUGUUCUCUUCAUUGAACACCCUACUCCACCACGUGCUUUUGAUUUGACACAGAUUAAUAUGCGACAAUCGUAUCUAGGCUCCUUUGAUUUGUUUUCGGACACGGCUACGGAUUCCGGUCCAAGUUUUGACUCGGUCAGUAUGUUGUAUAAGCAUCCUCUGGAUCCGAGAAGUACCAAAUAUACCAAUCUAUCUCAAGAGAGCAAGUCCUUGGAUUUAUACAGUCUCGCGAUGAUCCUUAUUGAAAUUGGUCUAUGGGGCUCUUUAUCCGAAUUAUUUCCAAGGGCGUCUCAAGUCCCUUCAAAUCCUACUGAGGUUCUCAAACGCCUCGCAUCUAGGUGUGGAAACAUCUAUGUCAAAGCAGUGAAAGCAUGUUUGAGUGCUCCUGAAGGAGAACUUUCACGAAAAGCAAGACCAGAUGUUAUGCAUCAAAAAGUCUUUUGGCGUGUGUCGAAAGCACUCAAUACUUGUUGUUCACUUGACGAUGUUUCAGAUGAUGAUAGUGAAAGAAGUGACGAGCCAUCACUUGUACCUACACCUGUGAAGAUUGAAGCCCCAUCUUCAUCUAUCAAGGGAUAUCGUGAACGACGAGAUGCAAAGAUUGAUAUUACUGCUCCUCAGGAACCAGAAAUCAAUUGGGGCGAGAAACCGAUUCGUGAAAAAUCCCCUCAAAAAGCUACUGUUGAGUGGCCAGAAAAGAAAUCUUCUGCCAUUGAACCAAUAAAGUCAAAACCCAAGCUCAAGACAUUCCCCGCUAUUCGGAUUAGUCAGGAGCAUAUCAAUUUGUGGCAUACCAAUAUCAUGCCACAUGUCAACCACGUUCUUCGAAGUUUUUAUAAGAAAUAUCCCGAAUCGGUCGAAAUUUCUCUCGAAUCAGUUGGUGAAUCAUCUACGAAAACGAAACCUACCAUCCUCGUCAUAUGUACAAGUGUCAACAAGGUUCGGAGUAUACUGAAGAAGAGUCUUGUUUAUGACAAAGCUACAUAUGGCUUGAAAGUUUGUCGUGGAAAGGUUGUGAGGGCGAGAAGUGGCGGUGUAAAGCGAAGUAUGGCACACGGCGAUGAACUUGAAGCGAAGAAUACAGAACAUCAAGAGCGUCCAAAGAAUGGUGCUAGUAUGGGGGCAUUUAUCAAUGAUCAUCAUCUUCCACCUGUGUCCUUCGGAGGUCUCGUUACAGUCGAUAACAAACCUUAUGGAAUGUCUGUUCAUCAUAUGUUGGAUGAUCCUUCUGAUAACGAAGAUGAAGAACAAGUUCAGCCAUCAAAACCAAUUCUUCGCUCUUCAGCUCGUCCUCAAGCCCUUCCUCAAUACCUCGAAAUGCCAGAUUUAACACACUCGGAUACAUCCUACUACUCGAGUGGUGAUGAAGAAUACAAUUAUAGUUUUACAGAUUACUCAUCUUCUGGUUCAUCAUUUGAUUCCGAUUCAUCCCCUUAUGCAUCAGAAGAUGAAGAUGAUUCCGAUGGCGAAUUUCCUACUCUCGAACCAGGAGAUAUCCCUCCUAUCCCUGUCUCUUCUUCAAACGUUCACAAUUAUCCAAUCACCCAACCAGCUAUCGAUGACAUCGAUCCAGAUUUUUACCCUGAUCCCGAAACUAGAGAUGAGGAUCAUUUAGAUUCAUGUUUAUUGGGUAGUGUCUAUACGAGUUCUGGAAUCCGUCGAUUAGCUCAUGAAAACAUCACUCAUGAAAUUGAUUGGUGCCUUUUCAAAUUUGAAGAACAUCGUCUACCAGAUUUUUCUUCCUCAAUGUCCCUAAAAGCACAACCGACAGGCGUUGUGCCUUUAACGGAUCUUCCAGAUCUACCAGUGAAAUGUACAGCUAGAACAAGUGGUACACAAACCGGACGAAUACUUCCUUCAAUGUCUAUUCUCAAAAUUUUCGGUCGAAAAACUCCAUCUAUGAGUUGGCAAGUCGCGGGUAAAAUCGGGGUUCCAGGUGAUAGUGGAGCUUGGGUUUUAGAACGAGGAGAUGAUAUCAGUACAGGACCAGGAAAUAAUAGUGGAAGAAUUGCUGGUAGUGUAUUAGCAUGGAGUCAACGGAGAAACGUCGGAUAUAUUUGUCCCAUGUGGAUUAGUAUUUUGGAUAUGGCAAAUUCGUUGAAGUGUGACAAUAUUGGAUUGCCAGGUAUUGAAAUACCUAUUUGGAGUAAGGUGUCUACAAGAAAGGGAAGAGAUACUGUCUCGCCUGUUCUUAGAAAAGCCUUUAGUUUUACGAGUGACAGGAAUAUUGGUGGAUGGGAUAGCGAAGACGAAACACAUAACUUGAGAGACAAUCAACCUCAGAGUGGAACUUAUCCGGUGGUUAUCGAUGAUGAUCUUGCGGAUGAUGAAGAUGAAUUAUCGGGUGUUUUAGGAAAUUUAAAACACGUGGGAUCUGAUCAUGAGUUUGAAUAUGCAGAUCAUGGUGAGUAUGAUGAUGAUGAUGAAUCUUAUGAUGAGGAAGAAGAGAGGGAAUAUUGGAGUCGAUUUAAAGCCGCAAGUGUUAGUCCGGAACGUGUAAAGGGAAAGGGUACAGAUGAUGAGCAUCAAUAUCGACAUGAGCUUCCGGGUGAUGAACAUCAAUAUCGAAAUGAGUUUGCGAAUGAUGAACAUCAAUAUCGACAUGAAUUUGCAAAUAAUGAGCAUCAGUAUCAAAAUGAGUUUGCAAUUAAUGAGCAUCAAUAUCGAAAUGAGUUUGCAAAUGAAUAUGAUCCGAAUCAUCAAGGAAUUGAAUAUCAGCAUUCACUUGAGAAAGAAGUUUUGAUCUCAAGCGAAGAAGAACCAGAACUUUUGGCUACACUUGGUCAACCUUCUCGAAGAGGAAGAGGAUUCGGAGUAAGAACUUUUAGUGGCGAUAAGAGUUUGGAAAUCGAUAUGAUGGUGGGAGGACUCAAAGGUUUGAGUAUUGAGGGAAAUACAAUGCCUGGGAAGAAUACAGUUUUCAGUAUGGAUGGAAGUGCAAUUGGAGAUUUCACGGUUGGCGGAGCGGGAGAAUUUGAUGUGGGAGGAAGUGGACAAAGGAGAGAAACGAGGAGUCGAGGAAGUGGGAGUGCGCAUUCGGGAACUGGAAGUUUGGGAAGUUUAAAUGGGAUGGUUCAGGGAGAGGGGAAUAGGCAAAGGGUUAGGGUUAGGGGUUAGGUGUUAGGAUUUAGGAUUUAGGAGUUGGGUUUGGAGUAUUAUUAUCACGAUUGUGUUUGAGUGGGGAUUGGGAUUGGGAUUGGAUUGGGAUUGAAAUAGGUAUGGGAAUCAAAAUUGGGAUUAAAAUUUAUGAGUGUACGUGCAUGCAUUGGGGAAUUAUAUCGGUAUACCAUGGCAUGGAUAUUCGAGUGGGGUUUCUGGAAUUUCUAAUGGGAUUGUUUAGAAUCUAUGAGGGGGAAAAGAAAUGUAAUGGAAUUUCUUGUAUAUAUUUUCGAGUAUUAAAAUAUUACCUCUCAUGGAAACCCUACAUGGGAUUGAGGAAUUAAAUUUGAAUGAAUUAUUGCUCCGCUUCUACGUAGCUGAUAAGUAAGAUACUAUCAAAUAUAUAUUAUUCACA